CGUUGCCGCUUCGUGUGGGCAGAAGGACUCUCAAGCACACCCCGACGGGCAUUUACACCAUCGCCACCCCCGGAGGCGAUCUCGUAGCCAUGGCAGUUCCGAACGAGGCUGGCAAGCUGGCGCCAUAUGAAAGAACGCAGCAGCAGCCAGAGAACCCCUUUGCUGCCCUGAUACCGGACCAGAAGAUCGCCAUAGUACCGAGUUUCACGCUUGAGUCGGGCGAGACUCUCAUCAAUGUGCCGCUGGCAUACACCACUCUCGGCAAGCUUUCCCCCGAGGCUGACAAUGUGAUGGUCAUCUGCCACGCCCUCACGGGCUCAGCAGACGUCAGUGAUUGGUGGGGUCCGCUUCUGGGCGGCCCUGGCCGUGCCUUUGACACAUCCAGAUUCUUCGUCAUCUGCAUGAACAGUCUUGGAAGUCCCUACGGCACGGCCAGUCCAGUCACUGCCAAGGACGGCGAUUUGAAGAAAGAAAGAUAUGGCCCCGAGUUCCCUCUGACCACCGUCCGCGAUGACGUAAGGCUACACAAGCUACUGCUUGAUGAUCUCGGCGUCAAGCAAGUUGCUGCAGUGAUUGGGGGGUCCAUGGGGGGAAUGCUCGUACUGGAAUGGGCAUACUUUGGCAAGAACUACGUCCGGACGAUUGUGCCCAUUGCCACAUCGAGCCGGCACAGCGCCUGGGGAAUCAGCUGGGGCGAGGCUCAAAGGCAGAGCAUCUACGCAGACCCCAAGUACGAUGAUGGCUAUUACCCCUUCUCCGACCCGCCCGUCACGGGGCUUGGUGCUGCCCGAAUGUCGGCCCUUUUAACCUACAGGAGUCGCAACUCAUUCGAGGCUCGAUUCGGGCGCAAUAUCCCCGACGCCUCCCGCCAGCAGACGAUUCGUGGCAACUCACGGCCCAGCACGCCUUCGGAGGCGCAUUUCCAUAUUCACAACGAUGGCCACAAAAUCACACGGACUUCAAGGACCAACAGCCACACCGACAAGGCAGCCGCCGCCUCCGCUGCCGCGGCAUCGGCAGCUGCCACAAAGCCGAUCCUGUCCGCAGUCUCCAAGGAAAUCGCAGAGAGUGAGGGGGCACCAUCCCUGGAUCCGCAAUUCUCUGGUCCCAAGCUAGGCGGGGAGCAGUCGGCCCCUACAUCAACCUAUUUCUCCGCCCAGUCCUACCUCCGCUACCAAGGGCAGAAGUUCGUCAAGCGCUUUGACAGUAACUGCUACAUUGCCAUCACGCGGAAGCUAGAUACCCAUGACGUCUCGCGCGACCGCACCGCCACGAUCCCCGAGGCUCUUGCCAUGAUCGAGCAGCCUACUUUGGUUCUUGGGAUUGAGAGUGACGGCCUGUUCACGUUUGCCGAGCAGGAGGAGAUUGCGGCCCACGUCAAGAAUGCGCGCCUCGAGAAGAUUGAUAGCCAGGAAGGCCAUGACGCAUUCCUGCUGCAGUUUGAGCAGGUCAACCGCUUUAUUCUCGCCUUUUUGAACGAGCACCUACCAGAUAUCAUGCGGCGGGAGGGCGAGCACGUCGAGGAGGCUGCGGUUGGUGCCAUGACCAAGUCAAGCACAUUUGGAGAGGCCGAGGUGGAUGAUAUUACAGCCUGGUAGUUUCUGGUCGGAUAGAGCUUGAGUACAGAGUGCAUGGCUUCAACAUGCCAUUGCGAAAUUUUAUACCUCUCUAUUCAUGGAGUGCCUCACAUGACACGACCCCGAUUCGGACCAUGCAACUCGUGAUUUGAUGGUUCCACGACUCUAUUAUCAAGGAUUUCUAGACGAGACGGCAGUCGAGGUAGGGUGAAGCAACACUUGAGCGCUGUGUUGCCAAAAAAGCUCGGGUUCCUAGCACCACUUCAA